CAGCGCGGGCGAGUAGGCCCGGGUACGUAGGCCCAGAGCGGCCGUUCUGCCUUCUCUCUCAGCGCCGAGGCCCGCCGAUCGGGCCAGGAUGAGCGGCGAGGACGGCAAUGAGGAGUUCUACCGCCAGCUGCAGCUUCAGCAGCAGUACGAGGCCGAGCGCGGCGGCGAGGGCGAGGCCGACCCCUUCACCUACGUGGACCCUGCCGACGGGGCCGCCUACGAGUGGGACAGGGAGAAGAAGGCCUGGUUCCCCAAGAUAACAGAAGAUUUCCUGGCUACGUAUCACGCUAACUAUGGCUUCAAUGCAGACGAAACGGAUAGUUCAUCUGCUUCUGGCACAGCAACUGAAAACAAGCUACCACUGAGUUCUAACACAUCAGAAACACAGCCAUCAGCAAAUGAGAAGGGACCAAAACAAACAGAACCAAAACAAAAAACAGAAAAACGGAAACUUGAGCCGGGAUGGUUUCAUGUUGAAGAAGACAGAAACACAAAUGUUUAUGUGACUGGUUUACCACCAGACAUUACAAAAGAUGAAUUUGUUCAAGUCAUGUCGAAAGGUGGGAUCAUUAUGCGAGAUCCUCAGACAGAGGAGCACAAAAUCAAACUUUACAAAGAUAAGGAAGGAAAUCUCAAAGGAGACGGCCUCUGCUGCUAUCUAAAGAGAGAAUCAGUUCAACUUGCUUUGAGGCUUCUGGAUGAGGCCGAAAUUAGAGGCUAUAAAUUGCAUGUUGAAGUUGCAAAAUUUCAACUCAAGGGGGAGUAUGAUGCAAGCAAGAAGAAGAAGAAAUGUAAAGACUACAAGAAGAAGUUGUCUCAACAGCAGAAACAGCUGGAUUGGAGGCCUGAGAAGAAAGAUGGUGCAGCUCGAAUGCGACACGAACGCAUCGUUAUUAUCAGGAAUAUGUUUCACCCAAAGGACUUUGAGGAGGAUCCCUUAGUGCUAAAUGAGAUCAGGGAAGAUCUGCGGACAGAAUGUGAAAAGUUUGGUCAAGUAAAGAAGGUUCUCAUAUUUGAUAGGCACCCUGACGGCGUCGCUUCCGUGUCGUUUAAGGAAGCAACAGAAGCUGAUCUGUGCAAACUAACUCUAAAUGGGAGGUGGUUUGGUGGCCGUCAGCUCAGUGCUGAAACGUGGGAUGGUGUAACAGAUUAUCAGGUGGAGGAGACUGCAAGAGAAAGGGAAGAAAGGCUGAAAGUCUGGGGGUCGUUUUUAGAGGAUCCUGAUGCAAAGGAGCAGCAAACCACGUCUGAUUCAGAUUCCACAACGAGUAGCGUUAAAAUCCCUGAGAGCAGCCAACCUUCCAAAGUUAAUGAUACAGCCAAGGAGGAUGUAAAUGAUGAAGGCCAUAAGAAGGAGAAUAAUGGUGAGGGCAUUAAUGAAGAUGGUGCUCCAUCCACAGACAGCAGCCUUGCGGGCAGUGAUGCUGAAGCAGAUACAUAACAUUUCCAUUGCUUUGUGAAAGCAUGGUUUUUAGGGUGAUGUUUGAGUUUAUCCCUUUCUUUCAGAGUUACUGCAGACAACGUUCAUGUGAAUAUAUGCAUUAUUAGAAAUGUCAUCAACUGUGUGCUUUGAAGUUUUCAUUAAAAGCAGUAUUUAAUGAGGUUCUAAAAGUCUGUAUUAAUUGGCUGUUCAGGUAAAGUAACUCAAGUUGCCAAGAAUAACAGCAAACUCAUCAGGCUUCUUUUGUUCUAUUUAUGCUCAUCAAUGUUUCAUUAUGUGUGAAAUAUGUUCCAACCCUUAAGUUUAUGUAACUAUAUGUAACUUGAAAAAUGCAAAGCUAUUGCAAGUUUUGUGGAUUUUGUCAUUAUUUUUCCUUGGAACUUGAUAUCUUAUCCUUAAAAUUAUUCUUGUCCUGAAUACUUCUCAUCAUUCUAUGGAAUGGAUGCUGUGAUAACUACAGGGUGAAUGCAUCAGAUAUGUUGCUGUACAUUAAGAAGCAAAUAAUGGACUGUUGUUGAUCUGCGAACUUGAAGUGGAGAACAAACAAGAUUUCUAUUUCAGUGAUGAGCAAACUGAGUGAAGAUAGUUAAAUCACAGUAUUCAGUAAAUUAUUUUUCCCUUGUUUAUAUCUUUGAUGCUUUGAUUUUCUUUAGGGGCUGGAAUUAAGGAAACUGCAAAUGCAUGAGCACACACAUUCUAGAUUAUAAUGAAGUAGAACUGACUUUAAACUCCCGUGGUCUGUAUACAGUAGAUAGGCUUUUGUUUGUUGAUUUGGCUUUAAUUUUUGUUUUGGUGUUAGAGAAGAGGUUUUCUUUUAACUCUGUUAGAAUGACUUCUCUUCAGCAUUUAGCCUUCAGCUGCCCUUCAGAGGGUGGUGGGGAGUUCUCCUCUAUUUCAUAAAACCUAAAGGCUUUUGGCAACUUGAACUACGAUUGGUUGUGUAGUGUUAGACUACUUGAACAUGCUUUCAGAGAAUAAUACUAUUUUCCAUGAGGAAAAAAAGCAAACGUAGUGCUAGCUCUGUUAGAAAUAUUUCCAAAAACAAAGAUUUAGGCCUUCUAUCUUUAGAUACCUUAAUAAGCAGGAGGCUUGAAAAAUAACCCUGAGGGAGCCAUUUGGAUCACAGUCAUUUUUCAUUUGGAAUCCCAUGAUUUUGAUUCCUAAGAGCAUACGGAUUCAGGCACUAAAUGCUUAAAAUAUUGGUGCUAAAUGCAUAGCACGUUGUUCAUAGGGGUGGCUGCUGGUGCACGUUUGUAAGGAAGCUCUUUAAAAAGUGUAUUUUUUAAUUCAUAUUGGAUUGCGAGAAACCAUAGAUGUUAAUUUUAGGUGUAUUUCCAUCCAGAAGUAUUCAGAAUAGUCUGAAAGUUGGUAUUUUCAAGCUUUGUGCUCUGAGGUUGCCAUCUCUAUCUUUUCCAGAAGUCUUUAUGGUACCCUGAGGAUUCUAUAUGUAACCAGUAUGUGUGGGUAGUUACAGCAGCCAAGCCAUCUGACGUUUAACACUGGUCAUUGUGAUUCUGUUAUAUCCUUUUGUGACAAAAUACCUGUUAUUUGAACAAGUAUGAUGCUUUGAGUUCCAGGUUUAAAAAUCCAGAAGCUCAUUACAAGCUGGCAUGACAGAUUUCCAGUUUUACUGAGUUGCGCUGUAAAGCUGUAAUGGCAGUAACUUGCCAUCUAAAUAAGGCCACUUUCUCAUAUUCACCAAGGUGUGAACGAUGGGUUUAAACAAAAAAAGUUUGGACAGUUGAGGGAAUCUGAAAUACUGCUUGGUGUGCAGCUGCCCACUGGUGGCAUAUUGCCAUUGCAUCUCUGGGUGUUGGUUCUGUGUGGGACUUUGGUUGGUAGCGCUGCAGACCUCUGAGGGCUCAAUGCUUUGUCACAAGCUUUACACAAGAAGAGUGUAAUUAAACGUAGUAUUGCUUUCAGUGCUCCUUUUAUCUUCCAGCUUCUAAGCUUCUCUAGUGUUAGAUUUGUUAGGCUGUUGUGUUUUGUUUGCUUUUUUAAGAGCCUGUUCAUACAACACUCUAGGCAGUUUAAUCGCCUGUUCUACAGUGGAAUUGCAGUUGAUGUAGGGAAACUCGUCAAAUGUAUAAAUAUUGUACAGUUCUAUGAAGCCUUAUCUUAUCAAAUGUAAAAAAUAAGGGUAGUGUUAGUGUUUGAGAAAAGAUCUUGGGAAAUAAAGACACUUUACUUGUGCAGUAACCUUCCUCUCUCCAAUCGGAAUACAAAAUGGAUUGGCUUGUUUGAGAAGUCCAACAUGAUGUUGUUUGCUUCCUGCUUUUCUCUAGACUUCACACUGAAGUAGAGCACUGACAAAGACUGAGACUGAAUGCUAUACUGGCUUUCCUAUAAAGUAGGAUUAUUUAGAAAAUAAAAGCUGUUUUUCCAUGAAAAUACGUUCUGAAGUGACAUUACACUCAAACUGGCAUUUUUCUUUGCCUCUUUCUGUUAUUCCCCAGUAAAAAGUAAAAAUAUAUUUUUCUAAAUUGUUUGUUGAGUUACGGAGGCAUUUGAUAGUUCACAGAGGGGCUGAUGCAGCUGUGACUUUCUUUUUAGCAUUAAGAUUGGUUGGUUUUGGUACUUUCCCAAAUGAUGCAGGUUUUGAUAAAUGAGUGAACGCAAAGUUUUCUCACAUCGGUUCAAACUUUCAUUUUCCAAGUACAAUUAUGAAAAUGAUUGUGUAGAACAGUAAUGUUUAACAGCUUAUUUUAGCAAAUCAGAAGCAGAACAAACUGAGUUGCUUUUAAAAUCUUGAUUUAUUUUUUUUUCUGAGCAUCAUCACUGGGUUGAUGAGGGUUUGAAAUGCCCAAUGCAAUCCUCGCUGCUUUUGUUCUUUAAUGAAAAAGGCUUUGAUGACCACUAAAAUGAGUCUUUCCUGGGAACGCAGGGUUGAUUUGCUAAUCAGUGUUGCUCAUUAGAAGCAACAAUUUUUGCUCAAUUUCUAAUGUUCCUUCGUUUCCAUUUGUGUGUACUGUGUUUCUUCCUUCAUGGCCUUUUAGGGAGAGGUUCAUCUUAAGAAAAGUUGUCUUCUUCCCUCUGUAUUGUAUGAAAGCUCUGCCUGGCAGCAGACUGACACGCUUUAUUGGUAGUCAUUGCUGCUUUGAACUAAAGAAAGAUUUUUCUGCUAAUUCACACAGUGUGACAAAUGCGAUGUGAAGCCACUUAAAGCUACCAGCAGGGAAAGAAUACUAAUAAAUUGUUACUCCUUUGCAGUUGGGCAUAGGUGAUCACUUCCUUAACCAUGGAACAGCAAAUCGAUGGCUUAGCUUUGAGGUGUGUCGGUAGUUUGCUUUACAAUCAAAUGCUAUUUAAUGGCUUGCUGUCAAGGUAACUGUACAGAGUUAUCAGCAUUUGUCAGAGAUGAGGCUCUCCAAGGAGCGUGGCCGAGGUGCCUGGGAGCAAGGAGCCCAAGCAGAGCAGGCAUGUAAGUUGCAGCAGGUUCUCGGAUGUUCACAUACAGCUGGAAAGAGUGAGUUUCAUUUUGCAUCAAAAUGUUUAUCUGUUUCUCCUGCUGACUUUUUUUUAUUACUUCUUUUAAUUGAAUUUCAGUCCCUGGUACAACUCGCGCUUUGUAUAAGGAUUGCAAUUCACUUAAAAUCAUUGGUAUGGUAAAUGCAGUGCAUUUUAGCUAACACGUGUCCUAACAUUGUUACGGUUAAUCUGUUCACAACUUCAAAUAUUUAGCUUCAGAAAACUCAGAAGUAUCGGAUACUUCUUAGAAACCCAGAUUUGCCUUAAACUUCCCAGUAAAAAUCAGCAUCAAUACCCUGAAUUCUGUGUCAUUUAAGCAAACUUUAAUUAUAACAACAAAACAACCUACAAAACAUACCUACAGGUUUUGAUCAGAUUCUAAAACUACUUUUGUCUGAAUUUGAGAAACCCUACAGCAGUACAAUGAUGUAAGUUGAGUACUUGUAUUGAUUUAGCUUGUGUGUUUUUCAGUGCUCAUUAUACAGGGCUUGCAGUCUUACUGUCACAACACUCUGAACGUUCUGUAAAAUACUGAUGGAAGUAUAAAAUCUUUUGCAGCAAAUUGGUUUUUUGGGUGUUUUGGGUUUUUUUGCUCCUUCUGUAAUUUCGAAGUAAACUGUUAGAUUAAACUUUUCGGUAAGCUGACUUGGAAUUUUCCUUCAAGGUUGUUUUAUUUGACAAGUUCAAUUGAUGGUUUUCAGUUACCUUUCAGAAAAUAAACACUUCAAGCCAUUAUGUUGGAAUAACUUCUAGGCCUGUGGCAGCGUCUGGUAAUCCCUUGAUUUGUCUUCACUUUUGUUUCUUAAAGGGGUUGUGUUUUAUACUACCUUUUUAAUAAACAAACUCAUGAACAAAAAA